GUUUUACCAUAGAUAUUCGGUUUUACGGUAAAUAAAAUUUACAGCCAAGAGCUCCACGUGUGUGGAUGAUAGAGCGUACGGUGUGGAUUGUUCUGUACCCUGUGAAGACGUUGAAGUGAACGCUUUUAUCUGAGGAAAGCGUCUGGAUAAAAGUUAGUGAUGUCAUUCCGAGGAGCUCGUGGUCGUGGCAGCAGGGGCGGGGGAUUUAACAGGGGGGGUGGAAGAGGCGGGUAUGGUGGUCGUGGAGGUGGUGGCGGAUUCCGAGGUGGAGGCAGAGGCAGCUUUCACAGACAGCAAGAUUAUGGCCCUCCAGAAUACAUUGUUGCUGUUGGCGAAUUUAGGCAUCCCUGUGAGGAUGACAUUGUGUGCAAAUGCAUCACAGAGGAGAACAAAGUGCCAUAUUUCAAUGCACCGGUGUACCUGGAGAACAAGCAGCAGAUUGGCAAAGUAGACGAAAUCUUUGGCCAGCUUCGAGAUUUUUAUUUUUCUGUAAAACUCUCGGAAAGUAUGAAGGCGUCUUCAUUCAAGAAACUUCAAAAGUUCUACAUCGACCCCAUGAAGCUUCUCCCCCUACAAAGGUUCCUACCACGCCCUCCGGGGGAGAAAGGCCCACCAAGGGGAGGGAGAGGUGGUUGCCGAGGAGGUGGCCGUGGCGACCUUUCGGAGACUUGGAUCUUUUGGCAAGGCGUGAAAAGAUGCAUUCCUAUCUCUGCAAUCUGUAAUCACACAGUGGUUUCCGUGGUGGCAGAGGGAGCAGUUUUGGAGGUGGGCGAGGUGGAUUUGGAGGUGGACGAGGAGGAGGGUUCCGUGGAGGAAGAGGUGGUGGUGGUCGUGGUUUCAGAGGGGGAAAGUGAUGCGUCUUCCUACAGAAGUCAUUGGGUGUUCCUUGCCUGAAGCAUGGUGUCUUUCAAGAGACAACUGAAGAAUCCAACUGUGUGUUUGGGUUGGACCUGAGUCAAAAUAAUUUAAUCUUUUCCCAUUUUAUACCGUCUCAAUCCUUUUCCUUUUUGGAACAUUUUCCGUGAAUUUCUAUGGUUUGUUAAAUGAAAACCUGAAUUUUUUGCAUUACUGGCCCUUUGGCCAGCAUUAAUGUUAAAUGUGAAAUGCUUUUAUUUUUGCCUGUCAUGAUCAUUUGAUUUAUAAUAAUUACAUUUUUGCUAAAUACCACAGCUGCAGUAGAUUAGUUGAUAUUUUACACUUUUUAAACAGUUUGUUAAAAAGAAAAAUUUACUGACAUUUCAAAUCAACUUUAGGAAUCUAUGUACAAAGUAGAUUUAAGGAUUCAAAUACUAACUGGUCCAAAAUCUUUGAUGCUGUCCAGUGUUUGGUUUAUGUUGAUUAUUUAGGUGUCUAAGCACAAAGUGCUGGAACCCUAUUUUUAUAAUUGCUAUUUUUGUUGUUGUUAUCAUCAUUGUUAUUAUUUCUGUUUCUGUCUGAAGUAUCUGGAUUUCUCACACCAUAAAUGGCACAUCUUCCAAAUUCCAAACAUAAACAGUACAGUGCACGAUUAGACUCUACCCCAAAAAACAAAAUCCCCAAUUGACCACAUGACGCUGUAAUAAGCCAUUUUACAUUUUGGCUUACAAUUCCCAAACCAGUUGACUCAGAAGAAAUUCUUUCCUGAUGUUCCAUUGGUCAAACGGUUGAAUCCCAAUUUAAUUCAAUUCAAAUUUUGUAGCUCCUCCCACAAAUCAAAUUUAGUCCAAUCUACACCAUAUUUUGCUUAAGCGAGUACCCUCAUACUGGCUAUUUAAUAGCUUUUUUAUAUUUCAUACCGUUCUCUAAUUCUCUAGUUAAGAAAGCUAAAGUAUCUUUUUGGCGGGGCCUGGGCGGAACAUUUCUGAACGUUUGGCAGCAUUUGUCAUUACAACAAUACAAUGUGCUCUAUCAAAUAUGCUGUUUUAUCCAUAGGUGGCAUUAUAACAACCAACUUUGUUUUAUUAGCUGAUUAAUCCUCAACCGUAUGCAUGAGCACUAAAAUUUUAAUAUUUUAUGAGCCUUUGACUCAAGGCUCAUUGAGCUCACUGAUCGUUGAAUUGUCUCAUUUUCAAGGGGUGCAUUAUAACUUGUAGGUAAAUGGGAUCAACAUGGCCUGAGAAGUUUAUUGAUUAAUCCUAAUUGCUACUCAGCCACUGGGAAAACCAUCAUUACAACCCACAGUCCAUAAUGUCCAUGGUCCAUUAUCUCAGAACAUAUACAUGUAAAUUUGGUGUCCACCAUCAUAGUCUCUGUGGUUGCCAACUGUUGCUUAUGCUGCUUGGACCCCAGGAAUUGUUGCUUGCAACUACCAUGCUCCCCAAACGUAUGGGGACGGUUGUUAUUUUUGCUGUAUACUUAAGACAUUUGGAUUUGAGAUCAAAAGAUGAAUAUUUAUACUUUUAGUCUCGAAGGUCCCACUGAGAUUCAAUAUCUCUUCCAAGGAAUCCUGGUGAAGAUGGCACUAGAAGUCUAAAAGUUUCUCAUUUCAAUACAAAAAAAUUCACACAGUCAUAUAGUCAUAUAAAGGAAAAAGCAAAAAAAAAAGAAAAAGACCAUCUCAAAAUGUUAAAGGGAAACAAAACACAAUAUAACUAGCAAAAAAAAAAACUCUGAAGCAGUAGGUUAUGCCCUUUUAAACUGGGCCCUAACAGAGACUGUUGUCAGAGGAACAAUGACAGGCAAAACACACAUCCCCCCUUCCAGGAGCUCUAUCCCCAGCUUAUAUAGGCUGCAACUCCUCCUGCUGAAACAAACCAAAUAUAAUUAGUCAAUUAUCAAACAACAAAAAAUUUUACCUGGGCUGCAAUACACAAUAUAUAACAUUAUUCAUUUGCAAAGUCAACAAGUUAUUUAAAAUCAAUUUCACCUUAUUAUGGGCACUUAAAUAAGUCUAUUCCCAAAUAAUUACAAAUCACCCCUGCACUCUACCACACUUGGUACAUUCCCCUGGGAACCGGCAUGAUGUCAUAAGUAGAAAUAAAUAAUUCUGAGAAAAUGAA